AUGGAGAGUUAUUCCAUCGAUCUCGCAUUAUUCUUUCUUCUUCUCGUGUGUGCCUCCCUGUGUCUGGUCGACAUGCUGUCUCGCUAUCUGCUCGAUUUGGCCCUGCUCACAGCUCCCGUGGCUGCGAGCUUGUCAGCCGUAGACACCUUCUAUCCUUCUGGUCUCUCUGAUGUUUCCUGGAUUACCAAUGCUUCCCUCGGCAGCUACGGGGGUAUCUAUGAAGCCCCUGCAGACGAGCCAAGCCCUCCGCCAUCCCCCUAUGGUGUCUACGAUUACUGUACGAUGCCUCACCCGCGUGUAGAGGAGUACAAACUGCCAGCCGUGGUCGAAAACGGGUCAGUCGAAGCUCGGCUGGUGUAUCUCGAGUACCUUCAGCGCCACCAGAGACGGACCCCGUAUAACAUCCUCCCAGGUGGUGAAUUGAAAGAGUUCCGCUGUGACAACAUCCUACCCUAUCUCUAUGCCGGCCCAGCAAGCGGCCAAGUGCCGCUUCAGAUCUACGCAAAAACUUACACCGAUUCCUCCAACCCAUUCGCAAUGGAGUCAGUGCAAGGAACUUGCCAGUACCCCCAGCUAACGGUCGGUGGUCUGCUGGAUGGCUACCAGCACGGUCGUGAUAUCAGGGCCCUUUACGGAGACAAACUGGGUCUCCUCCCCUCGUACCCUGAUGAACGCAAGGUGUGGUUUCGCUCCAGCUCAUCACCCUUGACCCAAGACUCCGCAGGAGGGGUGCUCCGUGGAAUAUGGCCUUUCCAUUAUGGCGCGAUUCCACUGCACCAGCAAGCAGCAUCAGUUGAUACCGUCAACGGAGGAUAUUCCUGUCCUGCGCAGUCUACCGUUCUGAGUGCCAUUGAGUCAAGUGACAAAUGGAAGGAGCAUAUGUCCGCUACACAGCCACUGCGCGAUACUCUGGCGACUAUGUUCGAUGCGAACACGAAUAACUGGAUGUCCACGUUUGACCACUUUGCGGAUAAUUUCCAGGCGCGACUAUGCAACGGGUACGAAUUGCCUUGCAGCCGCAGUGAUCGAUCGCAGUGCGUCACUCAAGCCCAGGCCGAUGAAGUCUUCCGCGCGGGAGAUUGGGAAUGGAACUAUUACUGGCGGGAGAACGAGAAUGCCACUUUGUACAUCCAGCUCGUGGAAGGCCUAUUCAUCAAGGAAAUCCUUGGCAGAAUCGAGGCUGUCGCGAACGGCAAGUCUGACCUAGUGUAUAGCCACAACUUCGUCCAUGAUGGCGACAUCGGUCCGGUCCUGGGAGCAUUGGGGAUCGAACAACUGAGAUGGCCAGCCAUGGCUUCCAACAUUGCAUUUGAGAUCUGGGAAACAUCCAACGCCCAAUUCUACGCCCGUGUCCUUUACAGCGGCCACCUCAUCAGGACCGUACACGGCACGCUGGACUGGAUCCCCGUGUCCUCGUUGGUUGACAUUUUGACACCUUUUGUUCCGACGGAUAUUGUUUCACUGUGCAAGGCUUGA